AUUGGCUGCAUCUAUCACUCUUAUCAUAAUUUACUGCUUCUUCCUUUCUGCUUUUGUAUUGACCUGUAGUCUUCGCCCCUCAAAAUGGUGUUUGUCAUCUUUUGCUCUUUUGCACUUAUCUAUUUCUUGACUUUUUUAUCCUUUUCUUUUUAUUUGCUAUCUUACCAUAAACAAGGAUUGAAGAACAUAACUUCAGGGGCAGUAGAGUGUUGCUAUCUUACGGUUGGGAAUAGCAACACUCCUCAAACUUCAGGGGCACCACCUCCUCUAGUGAACCAUUCACCCAAAACACACGCUUAUGCGCUCAUGGUUCUUCUUGUUUCAAUGCUUGCCUUAAUUUAACCAUUCUUUUUCAUUUUCCCUAUACCUUUUUCUUCUCAUCGACCCUGUAGGUCUGUACCAUAUACCGCGAGGCAUUGUUUCAGGUAUACAGGAAGCAGUUUGAGCUUCCUUUCAUAUUUUUUAUGGUUCAGUGGCAUCAUUUUUACACAGGUUGUAAAUAUAUUUGAUUAUAAACAAAGAUUGAUAUAGCAUUCUUAUACAUGGAAUUCAAUUUCGAGUUAGCAACCUGAAACUAAAAUGCCUGAGAAUUU